GUGGACAGCCUGCGGGCAAGGCAACAGGGGCAGCGGCGGGACCAUGCCGGGGAUGCAGCUGACCCUCUGGGUGCUGGUGCUGGCCACUUGCGGGGAGCUCGGGGCAGCCUUGAAAUGCUACACCUGCUCUAAACCCACGGACGUGUCCCACUGCAUCACCAUCAGCACCUGUCAUGCCAAUGAAACCAUGUGUAAGACUACGCUGUACUCCCGGGAGAUCGUGUACCCCUUCCUGGGGGACUCCACGGUGACCAAGUCCUGUGCCAGCACGUGUGAGCCCUCUGACGUGGAUGGCAUCGGCCAAACCCGACCCGUGUCCUGCUGCAACACGGAGCUGUGCAACGUGGACGCGGCGGUGGCCUUGGGAGGCCCCCACACCCUGGCUUGGGCCCUGGUGCUUGUUCCCAUCCCCCUCCUCGGCCCCCAUCCCUAGAAGCCCUACUGACCCCGGUGCCACCCUCGCCAGGCCUCUGUGCAGUCCAACAUCAUGGGCUUCAAACAAGUGUGCCUACCCGCCUGCA